AUGGAGUUGAGUAGCAUUCUCCCGUUCCUUAAAAACAGGACCAUUUUAAUCACUGGUGCCACUGGCUUUCUAGCAAAGAUUUACAUUGAGAAGAUUCUUAGGGUUCAGCCAAAUGUGAAGAAGCUCUAUCUUCUUUUAAGGGCUGGAGACACUAAAUCAGCAUUAAAUCGCUUUAACAAUGAGAUUCCGGCAGACAUGGUGGUGAAUGCUAUGAUAGCAGCAAUGGUGGUUCAUGCAGAUGAACCUGGUACUCACAUUAUUUACCAUGUUGGAUCUUCUAUGGCUAACCCUGUCUCUUAUAGCUCUCUCCAAGAAUUUGGAUUCCAUUACUUCACCAAGAAUCCAUGGACUAGUAAGGAUGGAAAGCCAGUCAUUGUUGUCAAGGCUACACAAGAGAUUGGUUUCCCCAUGACAAAAACUUCGAGGAAUGACGACGGUGACAAGGGUCUUCAGGUCGUGAUCGGUGACAAGUCAGUAACUUUUCUGACAUGGCACGUGCAAGAUGAACCAGACAAUGAAUCUUCUAGUAAUUUGGUUACGCAUUCAUUCUCUGACUAG